AUGUCAUGGGAAACUCAUCACCAUCAUCAACAACAACCACAGCUUGAUUAUUAUAUGAAUUUACCAGCAAAUUCUUAUACAAAUGUCAAUUUAAUUAUUAAUAAUACAAAUAAUACAAAUCGAAUAAAUUGUAAUGGAAUAUCUCAACCAACAAUUGAUCCAAAACUUAGUCCAUUACCAUCAACAGGUACAACACCUCAAACUGUACCAUCAUCAACAUCGAAAUCUCGGUCGACAUCAACUAAAAAUUCAUCAUCACCAUCAAAUGAAUUCAAUUCAACAACAAUACCUCAACCAAAAGAAAUUUAUCCAUGGAUGAGUGAUAAAAAACAUGGAACAAAUAAGAAUAAGAAUGGUUCAAAAAAUCAAUCAGGACAAAAUACAACAUCAACAUCAUCAUCUUCAUCAUCAUCUGAUAAAAGCAAUUCAACACCAUCUAAACGAGCGCGAACUGCUUAUACAAGUGCUCAAUUAGUUGAACUUGAAAAAGAAUUUCUCUAUAAUAAAUAUUUGAAUCGUCCACGACGGAUUGAAUUAGCACAAGCACUUAGUUUAACUGAACGACAGAUAUGGUUUCAAAAUCGUCGAAUGAAAGAUAAAAAAGAUGGCAAAGGUCGUACACCAUAUGGUGGUGGUUGUGGUAUUGGUUUAAAUAAUUCUCCAUUGGCUACAUCAACAACAGAAAAAGAUGAUUUGAAUUCAUCUUUAUCUCUUCGUCCAUAUCAUCAUCAUCCACAACAUCAUGCAUAUUAUCAAGCACAACCACCACCAAUGUCUGUAGCAUUUUCAUCAUCAUCAUCAAAUUAUUCAAAAUCAUUUCAACAACAAAUUGAUUAUAAUACAACAACACCAACAGAUAUGUAUGAAAUGACAACAAAUUAUUGUUUGAAACAAUCAACCACACCAUCAUUUGAUCCAGCACAUUAUUAUACAAAUGGUGUUGAAAAUAAUCUAAAAACAAAUUAUAUACCUCCAACAUCUUAUGAACGUCCACCAGUAUCUUUUGAUUCAUAUUAUUUUAAUUCAGACACAUCAUCUGUUGUACAUCAUCAACAAUCCGGUCCAGCAGUACCUCCAUUUGCUUAG